AUGCGAACCCGGUAUUGUUACUUAGUGGAAAAACUGCCAGCAGACAUCGUCGAGGAAGUAAUGGAUUUACUGGAAAAUGUCCCGGAUGACAACCCGUACGAUAGACUCAAGGAAGCAAUUUUAAAACGGACCGGUGCCUCGAACGAAGCCAUGCUACGCAACCUUUUCACUCAGGUUGAAUUAGAAGACCGCACCCCAUCGCAGUUAUUGAGGCACAUGCGAACCUUACUGGGUGACAACAAAAUGUCCGAGAACAUUAUGCGGAGCUUAUGGCUGGACAAGUUACCCACUACAACACAAAUCCUCGCACCCAUGACGGAGGAAACGCAGACAGAAAAACUCGCGGACAUUGCAGAUCGGAUCCAUGAAAGUUUUCGAAGCCGCAGGGUAAACUCUAUCCAACCACAACCAGCCCAACAAAGAGACAGGGAAUUUAACGACCUCAAGUCUACUGUAGAAAGGUUGUCUAUACAAUUACAAGGCUUACUGCAAAAAAAGACCGACAGUACCGCCGCGAUAAAUGUCCAGGCUACAGAAAGCGAAGUUUCAGCAGAGGCCGGACUGACAACCGCAAUCGAAAAGAUGAAAUUUGUUACUACCACAAAAAAGGUUUGGUCCUGA